UCCUUCACCACACACAAACACAAACACAAUCGCAUAGAGAAGAAAAUACAGAGAGAGAGAGAUAGGAAUGGCGAAAUCACCAGAAGUAGAGCUCCCACAAAAGGCUUUUGGGUAUGCUGCCACAGAUGGAUCUGGAAUCCUCAAACCCUUCCAUUUUUCUCGAAGGGAAAAUGGAGAUGAGGAUGUCACAAUCAGAAUCCUUUUCUGUGGAAUUUGUCACUCUGACUUACAUCAUUCCAGGAAUGAAUGGGGUUUUGCCAAUUAUCCUAUGGUUCCUGGGCAUGAGAUGAUUGGGGUUGUGGCGAGUGUUGGGAAAGGUGUAAAGAAAUUCAAGGUGGGGGAGAGGGUUGGGGUCGGAGUCAUGGUGGGUUCAUGCAAGACUUGCCAUCUUUGCGAGACGAACGCGGACAAUUACUGUCCUGAGAUAGUAUUUACUUAUAACUCUAUCGACUUCGACGGGACAAAAACUUACGGUGGUUAUUCUGAUAUAAUCGUAGUCAAUGAACACUUUGUGCUUCGCAUCCCUGAGAACCUGCCGUCUGAUGCUGCUGCACCGCUGCUAUGCGCGGGGGCGGCAACAUACAGCCCCAUGAAAUAUUAUGGAAUGAACGAGCCAGGAAAGCACUUGGGGGUUGCAGGACUUGGCGGACUUGGUCAUGUUGCGGUGAAAAUUGCUAAGGCAUUAGGGUUGAAAGUUACUGUUAUUAGCAACAACAAAGACCAGAAGAGUGAAGCAUUUAGGCUUGGGGCUGAUUCCUUCAUUGAUAACACUGACCAAGAACAGUUGAAGGAAGCCGUGGGUACGAUGGAUUACAUCCUUUCAACAAUUUCUGCAGUGUAUUCCCUGACUCCACUUCUUGAUAUGCUGAAGGUGCAUGGAAAGCUGAUCACUCUGGGGUUGCCAGUAAAGCCUCUACAACUGUCCAUCUUCGAUAUAGUUUUGGGGAGAAAGUUUAUCGGAGGAAGUAACAUAGGAAGUAUCCAGGAUACGCAGGAGAUGCUGGAUUUUUGCGCAAAGCACAAUAUCACUGCAGACAUUGAACUAGUCAAGAUGCAAGACGUGAACAAAGCCAUGGAUAGGCUUGCCAAAGCCGAUGUCAAGUACCGGUUUGUGCUGGAUGUGGCUAACUCUCUGUCGCAGUAGAUCUGCUCUGCUUCCAAAGCUUGAUGGGGAUUUGCUUUCCUUCAGUUUAAUUAAAGCAAUAGUAAUGGUAGUGUGGAUGGUAUUUGCUGUCCAUGAAAAUAAAACGGUUCCAUUAGCUUGUCUUUAUUGGCUUUCCUUUAUCAUGUACAAGUGGGCUCCACUUUAUCUUGACUUUGCAAUUAAUAUCAAAAAUAUGUUUGCAAUACACGCCAUCAAUUGCACGCCAUUUGUGUGACGUCAUCUUCCUUCCCUGUAUCCUUCAAAAGCUUGCAACAGCAGAUAAUAAAGAAAGCACCAGAUUUGUUUA